UAAAGUCAAGUGGCCCCCAAAAAACUCAAAAAAAGAACCCAAAAAAAAUACAGAAGUGAACUGUGUGACGUGCGGGGGUAAAGUGCGAAUGGUAACGGUAAUUUGCAGACAUUAGUUGCCACACACACACACACACACAUAGUGAUUAAAUGCUCAAAACGAGAGGGAGACAGGAGAAUGGAAGCAAAAGUGUCACUGGGACCUAACAUUACGCAUACGCAGCGUAUGCCGCAGGUUAAAUGUUGAAAUUUAAAACCUUAACGAGCUGCCAAAGAGAUGCUGGUCGUUAGAAUUCUCCUUUAGAUCUAUAUGUACUUUGUAUGCCAGGCACGAAGUGGAUUUUUUUGAUGUGGAUACCGUCUCUAUGAUUGUUAUAUUAGCCCUAUUCCGGCUACACCAGUGUCCAAGUGAAAAUAGCCAAGCAAUUGAACAGGAAAUCUAAUAGAAAACUGUGAACACUAAGCCAUGAGCCAGAUACAAUUGCAACAGCAACAGCAGCAGCUACAUCGCCGUGGACACCGUCAUCAUCGUCGUCGCCAGCCCCCAGAGCCUUGCGAGUGUUUGCGUCCUGUGAUAAGGGUUUUUGGUCUGCUGACUUCAUUCGUUAUCUGCGGUGUGGGCGUCGAUGUCUAUAUGCAUGGCUUCCAGGCGGGACUCUAUAUACUUUUUUCAGCCCUGCUGGUAAUGUUCAUCGAGAUCAAGUGGCUAUUUACCCUAUUCCUGCAGCUCCAGUGCUCCGAGGAUAACUAUCAGAGGGGUUCGAGAGGGUCCUACAGUUGCUUGGGCUGCUGGCGGGUGUCGUCCGCCUUCUGCGGCGGCUGGCACCCCACUCCCAUCUAUGCGAUUAUUGGCAUCUGCCUGAUACUCUAUCCCCAUAAUCUGUGGCUCAGCUAUGUGGCUGGCAUGUUCCUGCUGCUCCUCGGCCUGCUUCGACUCUGCACUCUGAUGAGAUUCAUUCCCGCCAAGGACGAAGGCCUCCUGCCGCAAUGCGACUUUGAAAAGGUGUCCAGUUUUGUGGAUAACAUGGAGGAUGACUUCGUGGAGAUUAGUGCCUCGCAAACAGUCUUGGACCAGGAGGACGAUGAAGAUGAUGGAGACGAAGAACCCACCAUUGACGAUGAUGUUUGCUAAUAGUUAAGAAGUUAUUGCUUAAGUUCUCGUCUCCUUAGUAUUGGAAACCAUUAACUUCAAUAUUGGUCAGGUUUCAACUCGCCCAAGGAUUUCAAGGCUUCAACCAGUUACGAAUCA